CCGUCUGUCUUUUCCUCCUUCCAGUGCCCGGCUUUUCUCCCCUCCCCCCAUCGCCGCCGACCGAGUUCUGCCUUUUCAGACCGAGUCGUCUUGUCGCGGAGAUUUUCCUUCUACUGUUGCUGCUGCCGCCACCACUACCACUGGGCUCAUUUGCCCCGACCCCUUCCCGCCGCCCCGCCCCCAGCCCCACACAAGAUGUCAGAGGAUUUAGCAAAGCAGCUAGCAAGCUACAAAGCUCAGCUCCAGCAAGUUGAAGCUGCAUUAUCUGGAAAUGGAGAAAAUGAAGAUUUGCUAAAAUUGAAGAAAGAUUUACAAUGGCUCUCUGCAUCCCCGAAACGCCUUCCUUCAGUAAGCAGAGUGCUUGAGUGCACCCCCUUUGACCUGCUGAUAUGUAGAUCACAACACCUGAUGCUUCCUGGAAUUGCCGAUUACUGUAACUGCUGCCCAUCUGUCGAUGAAGGAGCAGUUUCAGAACUCAGACUUGAGGGAGGAAAAGUAAUUAAUGGAAGUUAUAGAACUAACCAAAGACCUUCUGUCAACUCAACCUUCUGAGACGCUUGCAAGUUCAGACAGUUUUGCUUCUACUCAACCUACUCAUUCAUGGAAAGUAGGAGACAAGUGUAUGGCAAUCUGGAGUGAAGAUGGACAGUGUUACGAAGCGGAGAUUGAAGAGAUAGAUGAAGAAAAUGGCACCGCUGCAAUCACCUUUGCUGGUUAUGGCAAUGCUGAAGUGACUCCACUGUUGAACCUCAAGCCUGUAGAAGAAGGAAGGAAAGCAAAGGAGGACAGUGGCAACAAACCCAUGUCAAAAAAAGAAAUGAUUGCCCAGCAGCGUGAAUAUAAAAAGAAGAAGGCUUUGAAAAAAGCUCAGAGAAUAAAAGAACUUGAGCAGGAAAGAGAGGACCAGAAAGUGAAAUGGCAACAAUUCAACAACAGAGCCUAUUCCAAAAACAAAAAAGGCCAGGUAAAGAGGAGUAUUUUUGCUUCACCUGAGAGUGUGACUGGCAAAGUUGGAGUAGGAACUUGUGGAAUUGCUGAUAAACCUAUGACACAAUAUCAAGAUACCUCUAAAUACAAUGUCAGGCAUUUGAUGCCUCAAUAAUCAGAAAAACUGUUGGAUUUCAUCUCUGCAGGGCUUUACAUUUACCUUUUUAUCCUUAUAUUUUUCUAAAGGUAAAUUAUUUGUUAGAUGAGUAAGCAAGAUACCAUUGUCGUCAUUGGUUGACUUCAGUAGAAUGAAACGUGAAGAAAUUGCAUUUGAUAACUGCUAUUUGUUUAACUUUUCUCAUUAUCAGUACCACGGUUCCCUCAAAGUUUGUUGAAUAAAGCAACUUUUGUAGAUGCUGUUUCAUACAGCACUUAGAUGAAUUAUUGAUCUUCCUAGUAUCAGGCGCCUACUUAACAUAUGGUAUGUACUUUUUGUAAGUUGUAACUUGAAAUUUUCAGAUGCUUUGAACUUGACACAUACUCUGGCAAUUCAUUGGAACACCAAGGCAAAAACACCAACCUGCUAAAGAGAUCCUUUCAUUUUUCUUAUUUUCAACUUUAAAACUUAGCUGUCGUUCAGUUAAGCCUAAAGAUAGGUUAAUUUGUAAAUGGCAAAGUUUGUUUUGAGGUUUUUCCUCAAAAACUUGUUUCCUAGGCCUAUUAGGCCAUCUCUAAAAUUGAUCUGUUUUAUUUUUAUGUACUCUUAGUUCUGUGUAAGAAACCUUAGGAUGAGCUCCCUUUUCUAAGGUGUUUUUGUUUUUUGUAUGUUUGCUUUUUUCCUGUUUUUUGUUUUUUUCAUUUACGGCAGUGGUACCAUGUUUUGGAUGUGUAAUGUUUAUAUGGGAGAACAAAAAGCUGAUGUAUAGCCCUGUAUACAGUGUAGAUACUAUUUUUGUAAAAACACAAGGCUAAAUUAAUGAACAAGAGUACUGAAUGUUUCAUCAUUAAAAUUUUCUUGUAUUUCUUGUGCAUUAAUCUGACCAUAAUUUCCCUGUAUAUUAUGUUCAUUUAGCUGUUUGUAAUUUUUGUUAAUUAGAUCAGGUUGUCUGCAUUUGUUGGUAUAAAUGAACAUCACAGUUAUCCUGAGUUGAGUUUAAGCCAAAUACAUGCAUAGAAAAGGGUCUUCCUAUUAAUGGAAGAAGGUAAUUUUUAGGAUGUGUAUUAUUUCAGUUUUGUAUGUUUAACUUUUAUUAAAUAAAGUGUUUUUAAAAUCUCCA